AUGAAAUUAUACCAACAUUCGGCUCGAUGUUCAGCUGCCAUACAAAUCUAUCUUGAUGCAAAUCCACAAUAUUGGCGUUUUAUACCUAUGACAUGUGAAGAAGCACAAACAUCUGAAGAAUAUAUAAUUAAACGAAGAAAUCUUUCUGACGAACUUGAUCGGAAACGACGAACGAUACAUAAUGCAUCGAUCUAUGUUGAAGCUGUUCCUCAACCUCCCAAUGGACACGUCUUUUCCAAACGACAAAUUGCAUUACAAAUGGAGUAUUUCCACUAUAAGAAAGAUAACAAUUCACUUAAUCUUGAUCUUGAUCUUUAUAAUGCUACAAUUGUUGCUGUUUUACCAGAAACAUAUACAGCAAUGUUUCGUUUAUUAAUCGAAUCCUUGUUCAUAACUCCUGCUGAUACAAAAUUGAAUAGUAUAGGCAAUAUGAUACGAGGAUAUGACUUACCUGAUCUUAAUCCAUGGUUAAUACGUGGUGAUCAAUGGUGUCAAGGGGAAGCUACAGUUACUCAACAUAGACGUGCAACACGCCUGGCCAAGACAAUCGAUUAUAAUAAUAUUCCUACUGAUCUUGAUCCAUUAAUUAAAGAAAAGUUAAUUAAAAGACGAGACAGAACCAAUUCCAUUAUUGUCCAUUAUACACAUGAAAAACAAUUUUCACAUUAUAAACGAGCAUUUCAUCAACUAUGGGAUGAUACCUUCUAUAAUACACCAUUACAAACGACAAAAAUCAUUGUUGGUACUCGCAACAAUCCCAAUAUUUCCAAGGAACUUAUCCGUCUUAAUCCAUUCACCAAACCUUACAACCCCAUCAAUACAUCAACAUAA